CCUCGGCGCUCAGUCUCGUCCGUGUGUCGCUACCGGCAACAUUUUGAGACGGCUCCGAGCGAUGCUCGACUUAACAGCGCUUCUGUUGACGAUCAUCGUGGUCGCAGUGUCUGCGAGCAUCAUUUCCAGGAAAUGGCGUUGGAGCCAGGUCGAGAAACUUCCAGGCCAUGUAGCUCUGCCCCUCCUAGGGACCACUUACGUCGAUUUCUUCACGAAACGUGAAGACCGAGUUCGGUCCUUUGACGAGGUGUGCAAUAAGUUUGGGCCCAUCUUUCGGUUGUGGUUAGGUCCUUACCCAGUGGUACAGAUAUCAAAGCCAGAAUACAUGGAGAAAGUACUGUCCAGCAGCGAGAUAAUAGACAAGUCCCACUUCUACGUCUUCCUGUACCCGUGGCUGGGGCAGGGCCUCCUCACCAGCACAGGUUCCAAGUGGCACAUGCACCGUAAAAUGAUAACCCCUGCAUUCCACUUCCGCAUAUUAGACAACUUCGUCGAAAUAUUCGCUGAAAAUGGAGAGAUUCUAGUUGAGAAACUUAAACCCAAGGCUGAUGGAAAAGCGUUUGAUAUCUACCCGUUCAUUACCCGCUGUGCCCUGGACAUUAUAUGUGAAACAGCAAUGGGGACUUCAGUCAAUGCUCAGAAUCAGACGCAAUCUGCUUAUGUCAACGCCGUUACCAGGAUCAGUGAACUAACCGUGGAAAGAAUGAUUAAUCCAUGGAUGCAGUCUGAUUUCAUUUUCGAAAGGACUUCGUCAGCAAAAGAGUACUACGACCAACUGAAAAUUUUGCACGGAUUUACAAAGAAGGUGAUAGCUGAGAGGAAAUCAGCCCGUAAAACGAGUGAGUCUCAAGUGAAGGCACCGCAGGAUGACGACCUAGGUAGAAAACGACGUGUGGCUUUUCUGGACUUGCUGCUGGACGCUUCUGAGGAUGGUCAGAAACUUGACGACCAGGAGCUGCAGGAGGAAGUGGACACCUUUAUGUUUGAGGGUCACGACACGACGUCGGUUGCCAUGUCGUGGGUUCUGGUUCUGCUUGGACACCAUCCUGACAUCCAGGAGAAAAUCUUCGCUGAGCAGGACGACAUAUUUCAAGACAAUCCUAACAGACGUCCAACUACUCAUGACCUGAACAACAUGAAGUACCUCGAGAUGGUCAUCAAGGAAGCUCUGAGGCUCUACCCAAGUGUGCCUGGCGUCAGUCGCCGAGUGACGAAGGAGAUUGAAGUUGGAGGCUACACUGUUCCUGAGGGCUGUACAAUACUCCUGAACAUACGCCAGACUCACCGCGACCCCGACCACUGGCCGGACCCUGAUCGCUUCGACCCGGACAACUUCCUGCCGGAGAGGGUGCAGGGCAGACACCCUUACGCCUACGUACCCUUCAGCGCGGGGCCUCGAAACUGUAUAGGCCAGAAGUUCGCCAUCCUGGAGGAGAAGUCGGUGCUGUCGUACGUGCUGCGCAACUUCCGCGUGGAGACGGUGGACAGGCUGGAGGACCUCAAGCUGAUCGGCGAGCUCGUCCUCAGGCCGAUGAACGGAGUCAACCUCAGGCUGCGGCCGCGGUAGCGCAGAGUCUGUGGCUGUGCCUCUGCCUAUCUCCUGUGAAGUCCGCCAACAGCACUUCACGUCAUCAUUUUUUCAUCUUGUGAUCUGACUAUUUUAAUAACCUUGUAUAUCUUUUUACAAUUUAUUCAAUAAAUAUUAUUUUGUCAUUUA